AUGGCUAAAACAAAUGCUGAAAGACAAAAACUUUAUCGUGAAAAUUUAUUAAAAAAUAAAUCAAAGUAUGAUCAAAUGAGAAAAAUAUCUCGUAUACGUGAUAAUAAAAGACGUCAACAUUUAAAUAGUGAUUUACUACAACAGUUACAUAAUCGACAAAAACAAGCAUCAAAAAAAUAUCGUGAUAGAAAAAAACUUGAACGUAUAAAUAAUAAACAAUCAUCAUCAUAUAAAUCUCGUCAGUCAUUUGGUAAAGCAGUCAAACGUGUUCUUCAAUCAUUACCAAAAGAUAUUAAUAGAUGUGUUAGUGUAAUUCAUCAUAUUGCACAAGAAUUUAAUAUUAUUCCAAAAACAACAUCUCAUCAUCAACGUGAACAACGUUCAUUAUCAAUUGAAUUAAAACAAUUAGUUAUGAAUUUUUAUAGUCGGGAUGACAUCAGUUACCAUUUACGUGAAGCACAUCGACUAUUUUUAAGUGAACAUGAUCAUAUAGAUGCUUAUUUAUCAUUAGGAUCAUUUAGUGAUCUUCGACCAUCAAAUGUACUUCUUCAAUCUCAUAUGACACACCGUAGUUGUUUAUGUGUUUACCAUGAAAAUAUAAAUUUAUUGAUAAAACCAUUAUCAAAAUAUAUUCCAUGCCCUGGUUUACAUUCACUACAAGCAUUUUCAUCAACACUUGUUUGUUGCGAGACAAAUGAAAAAUGUAUGUUUAGUCAAUGUUCUUUAUGUGCAAAUAACUUGGAACAUAAAAUAAUAAAUUAUGUUACUAAUUUUACACAAUCAGUUAAUUGGUAUCAAUGGGUUUUAGAAAAUGGAUAUUCUAAAAAGAUUGAAUUUAAUGGCACAAUUGGUGAAUGUAUAGAAGUUUUAAAAUCAAAAGUAAAUCAAUUUUUAGCUCAUGUUUUUAUCAAACGUCAACAAUCGGAAUAUUUUGAAAAAAUGAAAAAAAUUUCAAAUAAUGAAAAUAUUUGUUUACAGAUUGAUUUUAGUGAAAAUUUUCCAUUAGAUAUUCAAGAUUCUGUACAAAAUUCGUAUUACUCGAAAUUGAAUUAA